AUGCGUCUCAUUAUCCUUACAUUCACGCUUGUAUGCACGGCAACGGCGUUGACAUGCUAUGAAGGAGUAUUGGAAGGCCUCUCAAACAAUACACGGACGGAGGAAAAGCACUGCAGUGGUAUUUCGAACUACUGUAUCCAGAAGAUCGACAAGAGAAAGAAUCAAAUCAUUCGUGAAUGCAGCUCCUUCACAGAUGAGCACAAUAUGGAGGAGAAAUGUCCGAUGAGUGGAUGCCACUGGCAGUCGGCUUACGAGACCUACUGUUGCUGUCAGUUCGACCACUGCAAUGAAUGGAAAUCCGAUGGCACCGCAUACAAGAAGGGCGAAACAGUUCCACUCAGCUCCUUGUCCAAAUCCGGAGCUUCGUCGAUACCGUCUGCUGCGGAAAAGCCUUGGAGGGAGCCAGUCGUGUCGGAAUCGCCAAGAACUGUCAACUAUCCAAAGAUACCAACCAGUCCACGAACUCCAGCUGCUCGGAACGACGAGAUCCGUUUGGAUUAG